UGUCGCUAGAAAACCAAAAUGGUCGGAAUCACCACCCUCACAACCGCCCUCAGCGGUGUCGCCAUGCUCGUCGUCCCAGUCGCCGCUAUGCCGGCCGCCGCUCGGGGCCCCUAUGCGGGAGGCGUCGACAUGAACGCUGCCUGCAACAACCAAUGGGGCGCCGGCUGGUCCGGAGGAAACGACAGCAGCAACGACGCUCCUGGCGGAGCGUUCAACUGGUACUGCGCCAACGGCCCUGAGAGACGCAACAUCGAUGUCAACGCGUACUGCAGCCAGACCUACGGAGGCGCGCACGCCGAUUCCCAGGGCGGCAAGAAGUACGACUGGGGCUGCUACUAUAACUAAGCAGCCUACCACAUAGCUGAGACGGAUGUGAAGUGGAACUCCUUUUUUGCAAAUUUAGGGCGAAGGGCUUC